GGGAGAAAGAUGGCGCCCACACACGUACUGAGAUGCUGUCAACGGGGCUUAGCAUGGAUACCUGUGAUUUUUAUCGCCCUGGUCGUAUGCUGGUCGUACUACGCGUACGUGGUGGAGCUUUGUGUCUUCACCAUCCUGAGUAUAGGAGAGCAGAUUGUCUACCUGAUCUUCUUUCACCUCUUUUUCGUCAUGUUUGUCUGGUCUUACUGGAAGACCAUCUUCACUAAGCCUGCCAACCCUUCCAAAGAGUUUUGCCUGCCCAAGGCUGAGAAGGAGUGUUAUGAGAAAGAAGAAAGGCCCGAAACUCAGCAGGAGAUCCUGUGGAGAGUUGCCACCAGUCUGCCUCUGUAUACGCGCACAGGUGCCGGAGCAAUCCGUUACUGUGACCGUUGUCAAGUUAUCAAGCCAGACAGAUGUCAUCACUGCUCCGCGUGUGACAUGUGCGUGUUAAAGAUGGACCACCAUUGUCCUUGGGUCAACAACUGUGUGGGAUUCUCCAACUACAAGUUCUUCAUCCUCUUCCUGGCCUACUCACUGGUGUACUGUUUGUUCAUUGCAGCCACCGUGCUUCAGUAUUUCAUAAAGUUCUGGACACUUUGUCGGAGGAAAUCGGCAGAGAACUGUCCAAAGAACGAGCUGCCAGACACGCACGCCAAAUUCCAUGUCUUGUUUCUUUUUUUUGUGGCGGCCAUGUUCUGCAUCAGUAUUCUGUCCCUCUUCAGCUACCAUCUGUGGCUUGUUGGGAAGAACAGGUCCACUAUAGAGGCCUUCAGAGCUCCAGUCUUCAGGACAGGCUCUGAUAAGAACGGCUUCUCUCUGGGUUUCCGGAAGAACAUUGCACAAGUCUUUGGAGACCAGAAGAAGUACUGGCUGCUACCUGUUUUCACCAGCCAAGGAGAUGGUCUGACAUACCCCACGCGGCUUGUUAGUGCUGAUCCAGAGCAGGCCUCAGUGACCCUGCAACCAGAGCCCAAUAAAAGUGCUGCAGACGUCGUAGUGAGUCCACUCAACGACUCACAGAAUCGCCUCCUCAGUAACAACCUGCAUGACAACAACGUCAGAGACCAUCUGGGUAACAACAUGGUCAAAUCAGAUGAAAGUGAAACCAUUACAAUUUCCAUGGAGAGCGAGUCCUAACCAGGAGAAUAUCCUCAAUCAUCUGAAACGAUGCCUUAAGCAACUCAGCAGUUUAGUUUGUCACCAUGACGACAGUCUCCCAGUGCAGCCUCGUUCUCACAGACUCACACAGUGCAACGGUAGUAAUGCAUACAUUUUGGCCAUCACAAAACAGUCAUGCAUUGGCAUUUUUUUUUUCCGUAUGCGGUGUCAUAAGCGAAUCUUCCCUCUAACACCAACACACAUGCAUACAUGCAAAAUGACGCACACUCAGCUGUUUCCAUGUGUUUUUUUUUUUGUUUUUUUUCUUACAGCUGAAGCAUUUAUUUAGAAAAGUUAAGUAUCCCGGAGGAAACAAGUGCUACUUUUGGUAUUAUGAUGAAAAAAACUUUUUUUGUGCCAAAAGUGUCUCAGAUGCACCAAAACUCAUAUUUAAAGGCACAAAACUGCAGUGAAGAGUGAUGGACAAGCUGGAGCAGUGUGUUUGCUUUGAAUGGUUUUCUUUCAUGUUUGUUUGUUUUUUUAAAUAGCAGUACAUCAUUUGGCGAUGGAUUCAUUUUUGUCUUCUUCCUUUUUUUUUUAAUUUUAAGCUGAAAAAUUUCAGAGCCUUUAUAAUGGUCUGCACUUUUUUGAGAUGGAUGCUCCUCCACUAAAACCUGGACUGUGUGUCACAGUGGACUCUGCUGCGUAUGAACCAGUGCACAACCGGGGUAGACCGUAUAGCUGGGUUUGGAUGGUUUGUUGGACAUCAGAGCGCAAGACGGCGCAUUUGCACUUUGUAGAUUAUCAGUAUCCAUCAAACACAAGUACUGCUUCUUUCUUUUUCUUUUUUUAAUUCAUGUCCAAAAAGCAUCCCAGGUAAAACAGAUGACUGAUCAUGUGAUUUAUGGCAUUAUGUGUGUGUGUGUAACUGUGUAAGUGUCCGUCUUCACUUCUUUACAGAAACUAAAAGAAUCCGCUGUACGCGUUUUCGGUGGCCACCUUGUGACAACAUGCUGCUUGUGUACGGACAAUAUAACCUGGGAGGUACAUUUCAUGACAGUGCAAUGCGCUCAACACCUUCACUUCACCUCUUCUCAUAGUUAACUACGUCAUCAGAUGCUUAGCCCAUAAUAUCUACAUCUCUUGAACUCAGAGCUUCAACCUUUACUAAGACACCAACACUCGUUGCCAAAUAAGGGCUGACCUGUCAGGACCUCUGACCCUUGAAGUGUUUACAGCAUCCGAGCUUUAUCUAAUCCACACUGGCCGAUGUCAUCAAAAACCAAAUUCUAUUUACCAGUAUUUGUAGCACAUUAUUUUUCUCAAACGUUUCAUCUGUCCUGCCUGUCCUGUGGCUUGUGUCAUGAUGUCCUUGCAAUACCAGUGCUGGCCGGCAGAUGGCGACAACUCUGUUAUUCACCCUCAUUUAGAUGGAAGUGUUAUGUGUUCUCUCAACGUCUGAUUCCGGGCUCAAUUCACUUUCAGUCUCAAUUGCUGGUGCAGUUUCCCUGAAUGCGAAGUGUUUUCAUCACGUGUUAUUUGUCAAUUUCCUGUGAUAAAUUUGUCUAUAUUUUUAUUUAAAAAUGAAAGUGAAUUGAACCCACUUGAUCUGCUGUAGGAGGUUUAAAUGAGAUUUAACAGUGAAUUGUUUUGUGUCAGUGUUGGACGUCCGCGAUGUAAACUCAGCCAAAUUUGUCAAGGUAUCAGAAAGAUAAUUGGGCUGUAUUUCACAUUUCACCGUGCGUUAAUAUCCGUGAACAAAUGGACAUUUUCUCAACCAACCAAAUCGAAUGAGCUACAGCCAUUACCAAGGAAUUUAUGUCAUUUAUAUGCAACUUUUCAGAAAGUCACAUUGCAGUGAAUAUAUGUUAUUGUGUGUGUGUGUGUGGGUGUCAUCACGUCCCUGUCCGUCGCUGGAGGAGCGUCCCUCUAACUAGACCCAAUCUGUCACUCUGGUGAAGUUUACAACUGUUUCUAUGAUAUAGAGUGAGUUUGUGGUGUUGUACAGUGUAUUUCUUAGUAAUUGUUAUCGUUAAUAGUGCUGAUCGUACCACAGACGGGACAACGGUGAUGGUAGUGUUUAAAGAACAGCCCAUCUCUUUGGACUUUUAUGUUUACAUUUUAUUCCUCCAAUCGUGUUUGACCUCUUGAGCCCAAGUGUAUUGAUAACUACUCUUCACAAACGUGAUUGGAGGAUAUUUGUUCACGUGUGCAACAACACGGUCUAGUACACGCUGUGGUUCGAGUUCAGGUUAGCAGACCAAAUUGCUGCCUGGAGUCAUGAUCCUUGCCAAGAUUAAGUUUUGAUCAUGUGUUCAUCUUCUAAACCUCACAUUUCAAUAUUUAGUGAAAGGAAAAAGACAAAAACAAAACAAAUUUAGUAUCAUGUAAAAGGAGCCUUGUGAUUUACUCAUUACCUACAACCACUGAUUCUGAAACAUUGGACCUGAAGUCUUCUUUUACAAAUUGCCUCUAUUCUGCCUCUGGGCUGUUUGGCCUUGAGACUAAAGUGUGUGUGUGUGUGUGUGUUUUGUAACGCUUAUUGAGUUUUGUUUUUUCUGUAUUAUGUCGUCUUGAGAGAAAUGCUUCUGUGCGGCCAUUCGAUUUUUACUUGUCUGUACAUACAUAACUGUGUGACUAAUGCUUUAAAGCAUGGCAACCUCUUUCAAAACAUGUUUUAACAUGAUAACAGGGAUUAUGGUGGUAAAACAGACUGGGGGGGGACAUUUCCAUCUAUAACCAGGUGUGUCAUGAUUUAAUUUAGCUUUACCCCGGUCUGUUUAACUUAGUAAAUUAAGCCAUAACAAGGAUCUGAAAAUGUCAGUCUGAUUUCAAACACAUUAUACGUCUGUAUUUGUACAGUGUGCAGAUGUAGCUGAUAGUAACGUGCUUAUUUUGCCGCUUUCUUUUUGUUUCAAUGUCCUCUUUUACAAUGUGUGUGUAUAUAUAUAUAUAUUGAUAAUGUAAGGAAAAUACUACAUAUAUUUUUCUUGUCUGAUUAAUUUUGACUGUUCAUAUUUUGUGAAUGAAGUACAUGCCUCUACACAAGUAAAGUGAAAUUAACAAUAAAUGUUUUUUUAAAC